AUGGGGGCUACGAAUCAGCUUUUUGGUCUUGAGGCAAGAGUGAUCCGAGAGGUGGAGAUGAGCAGACGUUCUCCAACUGUUCCAAGUGGCGAAGAAUUGAUGCAAAGCAAUGAAGGCCGGACUGUGGAGCCAGACGGGGAUACAGGCCGGACUGUGGAGCCAGACGGGGAUACAGGCCGGACUGUGGAGCCAGACGGGGAUACAGGCCGGACUGUGGAGCCAGACGGGGAUACAGGCCGGACUGUGGAGCCAGACGGGGAUACAGGCCGGACUGUGGAGCCAGACGGGGAUACAGGCCGGACUGUGGAGCCAGACGGGGAUACAGGCCGGACUGUGGAGCCAGACGGGGAUACAGGCCGGACUGUGGAGCCAGACGGGGAUACAGGCCGGACUGUGGAGCCAGACGGGGAUACAGGCCGGACUGUGGAGCCAGACGGGGAUACAGGCCGGACUGUGGAGCCAGACGGGGAUACAGGCCGGACUGUGGAGCUGCCAAUCAGAUGUACAAUAUAUAAGAAAUAUUGA